CUUAUUAAAUGAUUUCUUUAGUUGUUUAUAUUAUAACAACUAAAAUACGAUCUGUGCACUUUAGCAGGCAACCUUAAUCUCCCACCUUCUCUCCUCUCCUCUCGUGUCUCUCACCUCACCCAACACGCACGAGAGCGCCGCCCCAUCCUGUUCCCACACUGCAUCUCAUUUUCUUCUCACGCUCUCGCACAUCACUGCCACGGCGCACACCGACGGCGGCGGCGGCAGCGCGCAUCGGCGGCCAGCGGCGCGUUCUCAGCAGCGGCGGCGGCGAGCCCGCGAGGGGAUCGGCCGCGGCAGGCCGGCGACGGGCCGAGGCCGACGACAGCGGGUCAACGGCAAGCACGGUCCUUUUCUUAGCCACUUCUCAUAGGUUGAUUCCCCAUUUGGCCCCAAAUCCAGAUUUUUCUUGUUCAUCCGAACGGAUAUUUGGAACAUAGGUUUUAAACACAUGUGCUUCUGGAGUCAUCAUCUGUAGAUUAACUAGAGAGUAAAAGCUUUUGUUUCAGUGUAUAAAGGAGGUCUAUUAGGUUGUGACAAAAUUAGCUGACACUGAUUUUAUACUGGUCGAAAUGGAUUUAGAAACCAUCAAGAUUCUUUUGCGCUACCCUAGAGGUUCUGUUGAGUACUUAGCUGGAGUAGAUGGAUUUCUUGAAUUUGUAUAUAAAGAUAAGUUAGAGGAUACAAAGAUUUAUUGAUUUAAGUUAGAGGAUACAAAGAUUUAUUGAUUUAUUGUCCAUGUGAAACAUGCGUACAUACUAUGCUACUUUCAAAAAAUGAUGUCUAUGAUCAUUUGGUGUGCAAUGGAAUGCUUCAGAGUUAUGACCAAUGGGAUUUUCAUGGUGAGUCUUCAGAGGAGCAAAUUAGGAACCAACAACCACAGCCUCACAAUGAAGACAUGCGUGCUAACAUGCACGAAUUAAUUAAUGAUGCACUUAGGACUGUGUAUGACGACAUGCCUAUGAGUGAUUCUGCAGAUUCGCCAUGUACACACACUGAUGGACCAAAUUUAGAAGCUCAAGCAUUUUAUAAGUUGGUGAAAGAUUCAGAGAAGCCUUUAUGGGAUGGAAGUGAACUAUCACACUUAUCUCUGCUAGUGCUUUUGUUCAAUAUGAAAUCCAUGAACAAAUGGAGUGAUAAAUCAUUUGGAGAUCUACUUGAUAUUCUUCACAUGGCAAUUCCAAAUGGAAAAGAAUUGCCAAAAAACUUUUAUGAGGCUAAGAAGGUGGUUUCAAAAUUUGGUCUAGAUUAUCAACAAAUUCAUGCAUGUCCCAAUAACUGUCAGCUGUUUUGGAAAGAGAAGGUUAAUGAUGAUUUUUGUUCAACUUGUAAGGCUUCUAGAUGGAAAGAUAAAAAACCAGAAACCAAGUUAACGAAGAAAGAAAGAAAGAAAGCAACGCCAAGCAAAGUCUUACGAUAUUUUCCAAUAAAGGAGAGGCUGAAAAGAUUGUUCAUGUGUAGAGAAACAGCAUCGCUCCCACGUUGGCAUGAUGAAGAGCGCUUAGUAGAGGAUGGUGUGCUUCGACAUCCAGCUGAUUCUCCGGCAUGGAAGAACUUUGAUAAAAGGUUCAAGCAAUUUGCAUCUGAUUCUCGUAAUAUACGAUUUGGGUUAGCUACAGAUGGGUUUAACCCAUAUGGUAUGUUGAGCUCUACCUAUAGUUGCUGGCCAGUUGUUUUAGUAAUAUAUAAUCUUCCACCAUGGCUCUGCAUGAAGGAACCUAAUCUUCUAAUGCCAUUAAUAAUUCCUGGGCCCAAAAGUCCUGGAGAUAACAUUCAUGUUUUCCUCCAGCCGCUUCUAGAAGAUUUAAGAGACAUAUUUGUCAAUGGCAUUUCCACAUAUGAUGCAUCUAGAAAUGAAACUUUUAAUUUGAGGGCAGCUGUACUGUGGACUAUAAAUGACUUGCCAGCUUUAGGAAUGCUUGCUUCACAUAUGGUGCAUGGAGAAUUUGCAUGCCCGCCUUGUGGUCCAAAUGUAUGGUCCAAACGUUUGGCACAUGGGAAGAAAUCUUGUUUUAUGGGUCAUCGUCGAUUUUUGCCACCUAAUCAUGAAUUUCGUUUUGAUAGAAAUUCUUUUGAUGGAACCACAGAGAUUAGUACAGAGCCUAUGACUUACUAUGGGCGUCCGGUAUUGGAUGAAAUAAAUGCUAUCGGUGAUUUUAAGAAGUCAAAAACUUAUAAGGCAGUAAGUAGUUUAUUCACACUACCUUAUUGGGAUGGCAAUCUUCUUCGGCAUAAUCUUGAUGUGAUGCACAUAGAAAAAAAUGUGUGCGAUAAUAUUUAUGGUACACUUCUAAAUUUAGAAGGAAAGUCAAAGGAUAAUCUCCAAGCUCGUCUUGAUCUCAAGGAAAUGAACAUUAGAGGGGAGCUCCAUCCACAACAAAGAACUUCAAGCAAGUUCUACUUACCACCUGCCAGCUUUACUAUGUCCAAAAGUGAGAAGCAAUUGUUCUGUAAAGUUCUUAGGGAUAUAAAAGUUCCUGAUGGCUAUUCUUCAAACAUAUCUAGAUGUGUGAACUCUGCUGAAGGAAAAAUUCAUGGGCUCAAAACACAUGAUUGCCAUGUUCUAAUGCAACAAUUGAUGCCAAUUGCUUUGAGGGGUAUUCUUCCCGAUGAAAUCACAUCUGUCUUGUUUGACUUAUCUGCUUACUUUCGAGGAAUAUGUUCAAAAGUUCUCCAUGUUGAUGAGCUUGACCGUUUGGAAGAAGCAAUUAAAAUCACAUUGUGCAGAAUGGAAAUGAUAUUUCCUCCUGGAUUCUUCACUGUUAUGGUUCACUUAGUCGUCCAUUUAGCUACUGAAUGUAAGAUUGCUGGGCCAGUUUGCUAUCGAUGGAUGUACUUUAUUGAAAGGUACCUGGGUAAAUUGAAGUCGUAUGUUCGCAACAAAGCGCGUCCAGAAGGUUCAAUUGCAGAAUCAUAUUUGGCAGAUGAGUGCAUGGCAUUUUGUUCACGAUACUUGGAAGGUUUCCCUACCAAGCAUAACAUACCAUCAAGGAAUAAUGACAAACCAGAUCAAUUUGAGACUCCCAUGAGUAGGCAAGAAUCCACUUUGUUUCCUCCAGUAGGAAAACCAUUGGGAAAACCAUCGGCGUACUCCUUAACUGAUAGAGAGAAAUUGCAAGCACAUAGAUAUGUGCUAUACAACUGUGAUGCUGUAGUGCCAUAUCUGAAGUACGUAUUGUCCUAACAUAGUGUGGAUAUUAUGGGUACCCCAUACCCAUACGGCAUGGUUAUCCGACUAGUUAUAGGGGAUA